GGUGUCGGUGAGGCGGAGCGCGAGUCAAACUCACACAAGCGGCUGUUCGUUUUGUCAUUAAACCGAGAAACUCACUGACAGUCUCCGUCACCUGCCGAGCCGUGUGUGUUUGUGCUUCUGCCAUGCGGUAAAAGUGGGGAGAAACGCAGAAACAGAUCUUCAGAAGAACAGAAGUGAAGUUUUCCAGAAUCUGCGUGUCCCAGCAUCCCUUGCGCUGGAGUGGAUAAUCACAGACCUGUGUGAGUUUGUAAAGCUCCUUACAAAUCCUCUUAAAGAUUCCACAGUGAGAAGAAGUGGCACACCGUUGCGUUUCUCACGCAUGGAGCGUCACGCCGUCUGUAUGCCGAGGCUGUAAACAGUGGAGGAUCUGUGAGCACAAUGCAAAGUCCAGACAUGAACGGAUACACCGGAGUCACAGCGCAGUCCUCACAGAUGAACGGUCACGGCUCGCUGUCUCCAGAUGUUCCUGCCAAAAGGUCGGGUGGUAAAGCUCUGUACGGAACAGAUGGAGUGUAUUUCCUGCACACUUCUGCCAAACACAAAAAGAAAGAUCAAAGGAGGAACUACACCAAAAACAGCAUCAACAGCCUGACGGACACGUCACAGUACCAUGUGGAGCAUCUGACCACAUUUGUGAUGGAUCGAAAGGAGGCCAUGCUGACCAUCGAGGAUGGCAUCAGGAAGCUGCGUCUGCUGGACGCCAAGGGGAAGGUUUGGACGCAGGAUAUGAUCCUGCAGGUGGACGGUAAAGCCGUCAGCCUCUUAGACAACGACAGCAAGAACGAGCUGGAGAACUUUUCUCUGGGCUCGAUCCAGCACUGUCAGGCCGUGAUGAACGCCUGCAGCUACGACUCCAUCCUGGCACUGGUGUGUAAGGAGUCCGGCCAGGGCAAACCAGACCUGCACCUGUUCCAGUGCGACGACAUCAAGGCCAAUUUGAUCCACUUGGACAUCGAAAGCGCCGUCAGCGACCACAAGGGUGGAAAAGUCAAGAAGCGUUCGGAGGUGCUGAAAAUGAUCCUGAAGAGUGACGGAACCAUCCCUCCACCUCCAGGAGGCCCCGCCCCUGAGCCUCCUGGAGCUGUCAAUCAAACGGACAGCAAGAGCCGAGUGGCCAGUUGGUCUGCGUGGACCAAUGAGCAGCAGGAGCAUGAUCCACAGAGACAUUACACAGAAGUGGGCGGCUCUCCUGAGAUGCGUGCAGCGCAUGUGGACAGAGAUGUGCAAAUCCUCAAUCACAUUCUGGACGACAUCGAGCACUUCAUCAUCAAACUCCAGAAAGCUGCCGAGGCCUUCAAUGAGCUCUCCAAACGCAAGAAAACCAAGAAGAGCAAAAAGAAAGGCCCUGGAGAGGGAGUUUUGACGCUGAGAGCUAAACCUCCAUCUCAGGACGAGUUUAUCGACUGUUUUCAGAAGUUCAAACAUGCCUUCAACCUGCUGGGCAAGUUGAAGAACCACAUACAUAAUCCCAGCGCUGUGGAUCUGGUCCAUUUCCUGUUCAAUCCUCUCAAACUGGUGAUCCAGACAUCUGGAGGCGUGGAUCUGGCUAAAAGCGUGAUCGUUCCUCUCCUUACCAGAGAAGCCAUUGACUUCCUGCAUGCAUCGGGUUCGGCGGAGGAGAGACACCUGUGGGUCACGCUGGGAGAUGGAUGGACCAAAUGCAGGUUGGAGUGGCCGAAGGAUCACCCGUUUCCUCCACACACGCUGCGAUUCCGGGACGGCUGGGAGCCACCAGUGUUGGUGUCUCGUGAGCAGGACGUGGCUCAGCUGGCGGAGAGGCUCGGUGCGGCACAGACCGAGGUUCAGAGACCCGUGGACAGACCGCCGUUUGACCAGCCGGUGGUCCAGGACUUCCCCCAUGCAGACGGGUACGGCUACAGUAACACUUCUUACAAGCGUUUGCACCUGCUGGAGCCAGACAUGGCCGUGGCCGCUUUUAAACACGCGGUCAGCCGUCAUGUAGAUAGGAACCUGGAGGCUCAUGGCCGGACGCAGAGAAACUUUGCCAAAUCCAGAUACGACUUUGUAGCCAGAAACAGCAAUGAACUGUCUGUGAUGAAAGACGAGGUGGUGGAGGUGCUGGACGACAGGAAGCAGUGGUGGAAAGUGCAAAAUGGGACGGGCGCUACAGGUUAUGUGCCAAACAACAUCCUGGAGAUCAGCAGGGCGGUGGACGUGACGGGCCGCGGGGAGCCCAUUUACAGUCACACCAUACAGAAGCAGCGCUCAGAUUACGUGCCCAAACCAGCGGUGACGGAAGCUCCGCCCACCCCGACGCCUCCGCCUCCUCCCGCCCCACUGCAGAUCCCCACCCCUCCGCUGCCACCCGCAUCCGCCCCGCCGUCAGCCGCCCAACGUCAGGACACGCCACCGGCCGACAGCCAACAACACAACAACGGCAGCGAGAGCGAUGGCGUCACCAUGAGAGAACAUCAGAGAGGGAGAUCUGCACCCGCCAACCGCCGAAAGUCCAACAUGGAGGAGGUUCAGGACGAGCUGAUGCACAGACUGACUCUGGGCCGCAGCGCUCAGAAAAAGUUCCAGGCUCCGUCUCGCUCCAGCAGCCUGCCGGCCGUCAACGUCACGUACGAUUCCACACCGGACGAGGUGAAGGCCUGGCUGCAGGUCAAAGGCUUCAGUGAAGUGACUAUUACCAGUCUGGGUGUGCUGACCGGCGCUCAGCUUUUCUCUCUGAACAAAGAUGAGCUGAAGACCGUCUGUCCUGAUGAAGGCGCUCGAGUCUUCAGCCAAAUCACCGUCCAGAAAGCCGCUCUCGAGAGGAGCUCUGGCUCCGAGCUGCAGGAGGUCAUGAGGAGGCGGCAGGAGAAGCUGGCGGCGGCAGUGGCGGCGAGCGAUUCCGGAGUGGAGUCCUUCGAUGAGGGGAGCAACCACUGACCCCUCACUCACCUCUGUCACCUCUGACCUUUUUCAGGAUGCCGCGGAGCGUGCUCAGUUUGCAGCCAUAAUGCGCCGUCGCCAAGAACUCUUGGACCCGUCCGAUAACGGAACCGGAUCGGAUGCGGACGAACACGCGUGACGAGACGCGAGAGGAAGUAGGCUUUUGUAGAGAUGUGAAUGUCAGACAUCAGAGCAGUAUGUAGUCUAGUGCCAUCGAGUUCUGCCUUCAUAAUCCAACAUCCUGGAAACAUUCAUAUAUAUUUGCAAUCACAUUGUACUUUUACUGCCCAGACAGAAAACUGUAAAUAUUCCCGCACGAUUGGCUGGAUCUUGGACCAAAUAUUGAUUCCAUUAACUGUUGUUCCUCACAGACAAUUCUGACUAAUGAUGUCUUGAAGUUCAGCCAGAUUAUUUAUCAGCCGCUUUGAAUGUACGUGAAGAAUUAUGGGUAAGGCUGUCAAACUUGUAGAUUUUUUUUUUUUUACUAGUAAAAUAAUAUUUCUGUACAUGAUUGUUUUGUACUGAAUUGUACUGCCAAAAGAGAAGCUUUAUAAAUCUAAUGGGAAUGAAAUGUCAGUUUCUGUAGAUCUGAUGUUUGUCUUAUUGGACAUUUGACAGAUUUUGGGCCAAAAUCCUCCUGCAGUCUCAUUCUAGUGAUAUAUUGAUGAUGAUGAUGAUGAUGCCAUCAAACCUUCAGAAAUAUGAAUGACUCAUUGCAAGCAUUAGUUAAUAACGUGACUAACGUUUGGCCAAAUCAGUCUCUGGGUUCAAGAUUUCAGUCUGUAAAUAUAAAGUGUGUGCAGAAUAAAUUUAAUCAUGUGACCUGUG